CGUUCAGGGAUUCCAACAUACAUGUUUGACAUGAUGACUGGGAAUGACCCGUUUAUAAGGCCACGUUUGCUGGCAAAGUCAUUUGCUGUUCAGAGAACAGAACCAUUCAUUUCAAACAUUUGUAUACACGUCUUGAAACCUCAAAUUACUCACAAAAAUGCUUCAGAUUGAUAUGCCAAUGGAUUUGACUUUUGCCGGUGGUGUGCAGCCAAUCACUUUUCAACCAAAGCCUGAAUUUGUUUCCAAUCACCAGUUUUCUUCAGAUCAGGACAACCCAAUCAAUAUAGGACUACGUGACCUCAAGGACCUUAUGUCAAAAUACCAGACAUGUGUACUGACUUCUGACACGGCCCGAGUGUCUUCAGGAGGUGUGCAACAAUUUCUCAACCGACUCGUAAAGAAGAAGGAAACCACAAGUGAUUUUGAGAGACCAGGUUGUGAGAUAGAGCAGGAAGAGUCUGCUCAGAUGGAUGAGGAUGUUCUCUUGAACUUACCGGAUGAUGCAUUGCUGCACAUUUUCUCCUUUCUAAGUCCGAAGGAUUUGUGCAAGGUGAGCACAGUCUCAAAGCGGUGGUAUCAUCUCGCCAAUGAUGAACUCCUAUGGAAACACAAGCUGAAUGACGAUGUCAGAUCCUGGCAUGUUAUAGGGCAUAUGACCAACCCAGAGAUGUACAGAGAAUGUGAAUCAGAUUGGUCUAGCAAAGAAAUAUAUUUACGCUGUUCUCCAGACUUCAAUCAAAUGCGCCAGCAGGAAUUUUUACACUUCAUCAACCUGUCUAGCUUAUUCAGAUCACUCUUGCCGAGACAUGCACCAAAGGUGGCAAUGUUUGGACCAGGACUUGAGAACGAAACCAGUAGUAUAUUCAGGAAUAUACUAUGGGACAAAUCUGGUGAAUUUCAGAGAACAGCUCUCAUCCCAGGGGAAGUUGCAGGUAUGGGAUCAGGAAUCGCAUUCAAAUUAAAGAACCAGCUGAACUUCCACCUAUUUACUUUGUAUUCUUCAACAAAGGAAGACCGGGUUUCAUGGCAAGCAUUAAGCCCGGAACAGAGACUAAAGAAAAAUAAGAUGCUACAUCAUUUAGGCAAUGUGGAGGAAGGGCAAGGAGAGCUGGACCAAGUUCAGUUUGAAUUGAGCCACUCACUGAGGGAGGUCAGCCGAAAAAUGAAUGCAUUUGUUUAUGUGGUCAAUGCUAGUUCGGCAGUGGAUAGCUCAGAAUUAGAGUGGAGUCGCCACGAAUUGUUUGCCAUGGUCAACGAGCAAUGGGCAAAUCCUAGCGUCCCUGUAUUGGUGCUAACAUGUACAAAAGACAAUGCUACACCCAGAAGAGCUUGUAUAGACAUUGUGAAGUACCUUCAGUUAGGAAAGUUAAGUCGGCCGUGGCAGGCUCAUGAUUGUGUUGUAGAAGGACUUGAGGGUGUUGGAAAUGGCCUGGACUGGUUGCUGCGUAGAUCACAACAAAGUUGAAGUGACAUUCAUGGUUUUCUGGACUCAACAGUGGUAAUCAGGCAUACUAUGUCCGAUGAUUUGAGCAUCUUGCCUCUGCUUGUCUCUCUAAUGCAAAUGGAAUUUCAUCUGAAUUCAAAGCCGCAUAUGUCGGCCUGUGCUGUGACUAAUAAUCUACUCAAAUCAAUAGUUAUUCUCAAAAGUUGGGGAUCAAGUAUCUCAAGGUUCUUAGAUACCUACAUGUACAAACUCUGAAAGGACACAUACGACUGUGCAAAUAAAGACCAUGGUAGUCAAGGACAUAGAGUUGCUGUACAAGUUGCAAUUUGCAAUUUGCAAGACUAAGGUUUUAUAUUGGCUGUGAUAAAUGAGAUCUCAGAACUAUUUCCAACAUGUAAGGUUAUAGAGUGAAACAUAACUCUGCAGGGCGUUAAACCAAACAAGAAUGUGAUGAACAGAUGUAAAUACAUACAAAUAUUUAUUAUGUUUUCUGCCACUUGCAAUAAAUAACAUUUCGAUCACUGCAAAGAGUAUGGCCAGAGUUUAAUAUAUCCUGAAUAUUGUACACCAGGUAAUGUUCGAGAAGCAAAGAGUUGAGAAAUUUGAUCAGUUUUCAUUUUGUGCAGGCUGAAUUCUGUGUUAGCUGCCAAAACUUAUUGGUUGAUGCAGAAGAGUUGAAAUUUUUAGUUUCCCUCCCAAAUUGUGAUAGAAAAUCACCAAAAUAUAACGGUCGUUAACAUUACCUGGUUUACAGUAAUUGAAAUAAUAAAACACUUUUCAAAACAUUGACUUUCUGUUCUAUAUCUAGACUGGUCUCGACUUUU